AUGCCGUUUUCUUUGCAGGUGCUCUCGCUGGGUGCCGAUGUCCUCCCAGAAUACAAACUCCAAUCUCCGCGAAUACACAAGUGGACAAUCCUUCACUACUCCCCUUUUAAGGCGGUGUGGGAUUGGAUCAUCCUUCUGCUCGUCAUCUAUACAGCCAUCUUCACUCCCUACGUGGCAGCCUUCCUCCUCAAUGAACAGGAGGCAGCGAGAAAGAGUCAUCAAAACCAAUAUGACAGCCCCAUCGUUAUCAUUGAUCUCAUAGUUGAUAUAAUGUUCAUGGUCGACAUCGUCAUCAACUUCCGCACCACCUACGUCAACCAUAACGACGAGGUGGUGUCGCAUCCCGGCAAGAUAGCUCUCCACUACCUCCGAGGGUGGUUCCUCAUUGACGUCGUCGCAGCCAUUCCCUUCGACCUUCUCCUCGUCACAGAUUCGGAGCCUCACACUGCUACUGCUCCAGCAGAAAGAGAUUUAGAGCAGGAGGCAGAUGAUGAAAAGACGACGACCCUCAUCGGCCUCCUGAAGACUGCCAGACUCCUGCGGCUGGUCAGGGUUGCCAGGAAGAUAGACAGGUAUUCAGAGUAUGGCGCAGCCGUCCUUCUUCUGCUCAUGGCCACCUUCGCCCUCAUCGCCCAUUGGCUUGCCUGUAUUUGGUAUGCCAUCGGAAAUGCGGAGCGGCCGGGUCUUCCCCACAAGAUAGGGUGGCUGGAUCACCUAGCCAACGCCACACGGCAGUACUACUACAGCAACAGUACGGGAGGACCUACGCUUAGGGCGAAGUACGUGACAGCAUUGUACUUCACCUUCAGUAGCCUCACGUCGGUGGGCUUCGGCAACGUGGCGCCUAACACAGAUAUCGAGAAGAUAUUCACCAUAUUGGUUAUGCUCAUCGGCUCACUCAUGUAUGCCAGUAUCUUCGGUAACGUCUCGGCCAUCAUCCAGCGACUAUAUGCAGGGACGGCACGGUACCACACACAGUUCAUGAGAGUCAAAGAGUUCAUUCGAUUUCACCAGAUACCUAACCCUCUAAGACAGCGGCUAGAGGAGUACUUCCAGCACGCCUGGACCUACACAAACGGCAUCGACAUGAAUAUGGUGUUGAAGGGCUUCCCUGACUGCCUGCAGGCGGACAUCUGUUUGCAUCUCAACCGACAGCUUGUCGAUUCCUGUCCGGCUUUCGAAGGUGCCAGUCCGGGAUGCUUACGAGCACUAAGUAUGAAGUUCAAAACAACACACGCUCCGCCCGGAGACACACUGGUGCAUAGGGGUGAUGUUCUCACUUCCAUGUACUUUAUCUCCAGAGGGUCUCUUGAGAUCCUGAAAGAUGAUGUUGUGAUGGCAAUUCUAGGUAAAGAUGACAUAUUUGGGGAAAACCCGUGCAUCUACCCAACCAUAGGAAAGUCAUCAUGUAACGUGCGAGCUCUCACGUACUGUGACCUGCACCGAAUAAUGAGGGAUGAUAUCCUUGAUGUCCUUGAUCUUUACCCAGAGUUUGCGGAUGAGUUCUCUCGAAACUUAGAGAUCACCUUCAACUUGAGAGAUGAGGAAGUGGCAGGGGUAGACCCAUCUCUCAUGGCCAGAAGAUCUCAAGGCAAUUUUGAGCGAAGUAAUUCACAGGACACAGAUGAUAUCAGAAAAAUUGCCUUUAGACCUCCACGGCAGCGUCGCCGACAAUUCACUCGGCGAGCAUCUAGUGGCGAGGAGAGUGACUCGGAGGACAAACACUUGGUCUCAAGGGGUUGUAUUCAACAGUUCUCUCCAGACAAGGCGAGGCAAGAUGUAUCGUCUCACAAUCUCAACUUUGAACAUAAACAACGAUCAGGAACUCUUAACUCUAUAACUGCGGCUGGGUCAGCGGACAUAUCCCCAGGUUAUGGGGUCCUUACCCAGCUCAAACGUAGCUUUACUGACCUCCGCCUGCACAGAGUGGAGGGUAAGGUGCAUAGAUCGGAGAGUAGAUCGGGAGCCCUCUCAAGUAUGACCUCGGCGUUGGGUGUUGGAGGACGAGAAUCAAGGUCAGCGUCCAGAUGUACCUCUCCGGGGCCCCAUGGAAAAGAGGAUGUCCCACUCCUCACAAAUGCUGCCCCUAUUGCAGGUAGUGCCAGUCCCGAGAGACGACUCCAUUCCCGUUACGCCAGCCUGACCUUACCCGUCGAGAGGCAUCCUAGUACCGCCCACACUCAGGCCCACGAGGUUACAGAGGUCAACCAGCGCCUAGAUGCUCUCACCAGACAAAUGCAGCACUUGGAGAUGCGUGUCACGUCAGACAUUGCUCACAUCCUCGCUCUUCUACAACAACAACAACAACAUCAACAGCAUCAACAUACUUCAGUCUCACCGUCCCAGAUGGACUCUGAUCAGAGUCCUGAGAGUCGUCGUGGAGGAGUUAAUGGCUCUCGAGGAGGGAGUGGUCGAGAGGGGAGGGUGUUCCGGCGAGCAGCAUCCUUACAUGAUGAAACCCCCCACCACUCACGACAUCACUACUGUUCUCUUGAGAUCACACGACCACAGGUAGAGGACUUGUUAGGUCAUUCGAGUGAUGGCUCCACACAUCAGGGUCUUGACUUUCGGGAAGUGAGUGGCGCCCUUGGAGCUAGCAGCGGGCCAGGACGAGGGGGUGUAGGGGUUACCACCAGACAAUGUCCCUCCAUGCCCCUCACACCAGACUUGGACCCAGAUGCCCUUAGGCCAUCCCCACCACGCAGCCAAUCUCAACCCUCAGACCUAACACAGGCCCGGUGGCGUCGUAAGUGCCGCUCACCCCUGCAAGGCGCAGCCCUCGAUCCCUGGGCACCCCGUCGGGAGGACUCCAGGGGCUCUGAGCCUGAAUCCUGGGGCGACUUCCGAUCCCUCACCGAAGCGCCCAUCGCUAGACUAGAGUCGCUGGACGAGAUGGAAUCGUUGUCUCUAGCAGCAUCUAAGAGCAGUGACCCGUGACAUCGACGCCCUUCCUCUCUCUCUUUCCUCUCUGGGGGCUCACGAGCGCUCACGGGAAGCAAGUCCUGGUACCAGUAGAGUGACCAUGUCAGAUGCCUCGAAGACUGAAUCAGAUGUCUGAAACCCCACCUGACAAUAGAAAUCCUUGAGGAUCUUAAACCCUCUCAGGUUGGAAUCCAGUGUGUAUUGCCUGGCAUCCAAAGUCCAAUAGAAUCUGCAACGAAUGAAUCUUUUUAUAAGUUAAUCAUUGUCAGCAAGAAAUAUAAAACUUACAUUUGAAAAUCCUAAUAAUCACAGGCUAGAUGAGGGUGAGCAAUAGAAACAUUUGUAGACAAAAUGAUAGGGAAGAACCAAAGCAAAUGUAACUGCCACAGAUAUUUUUAUCAAAUGUAAAGCAAGAAAACCUGCAUCUUCACUCAAGAGUUUUCAUGUUAAGAAAACAAUAAAAUGCAGCCUUAAUAUACUGAACUUAAAAAAUUAUAAGUCCAUGAUAAAGUCAUAAUGAACAGUUACAGAAUGUUUCAAGUGAUAAGAAAAAUAUAGGAACUGAAGACAGAAUUGUUUCUAAAAUAAGAGAAUUCUCCUAUAUGUCUGAGUGCCGCUAUGUUAAAAGUGAUGUAAAGCAUUUCUGAUACUACUUGAUAUAAUGUUAAGUUUAAACCCUACAAUGCAGUUAAGAAGGCAUUCUUAAACACUCACAAUGCCUAAAAUGUUGUUCAUCCAUUGAGACUCUCGGGUGGGUAAAUCUCAUCUUCAAAUGGAUAGAGAGAUUAAAAACAAAACGUUUUAGUGUGCAUAUUUAAAGUAGAAAAUGGUGCACACUUCAGCGACCGAUCGUUAUUUGUUUCCGAUUCGGUAACACUGCAACGUCCAGGGAAUGAUGGUAAUUAAUUUUUAAGAUUAAGGUUUUCUGUGAUGCCUCUCAUUUGAAGAGUGGAGAACAUAUACUCUGGCUGUGUUCAACAAGUCCCUUAUCAGGAUUCAUCAACAUACUUGUUAACAAAAGAUUAAGAAUGCACUUAACAAAUAACCAUUAUGGUCAUCCCAAAACACUGAUUCUGAUUAUAAUGUUUAGGUCAUGAAGAAUCAUUUUUGUUAUUGAUCUCAAAGUAUUUUUUAACUUAUAAUAAUGUUUAGAUGUAAUUUUUUCAUUGGUAGCGGCCAGCAAAUAAUGAUGAAAACCGGCAAGGGACUUGUUUGACCCAGCCUUUGAGAUGCAGUUACUUGUUAAGACAACGGCUUAAAGGUUUAGUUACUGUCCGAAAAUGUUAUCACAAAGACGAAAAUAGGUUAAGUGAAUUUUAUCAUCCACUCACACAUUCAGCUUAACACCAAGUGUUAGUUUCAGUCACUUACUAAACAUUUAGGUCAUCAUAUACAAGAACUCAGGAGUUUCUCUAAUCUCUUGCAUAUGUGUCUCGGAACUCUGUGAAUAAUAUGUUUACUACAUGAUAAGGUUACAUAACUCUUUUUCUUGUAAUAUUUAAGUAUUUGUAAUUUGUAGGCAUAAAGAUUAUGUUAAAAUUUAUAGGAUCUCGGUAGUAUUUGACAUCUAGUAAGGUGUCUGAGUCACUCUGCAGUAGAUGAGCAAGAGCUGAUGUCCAGGUCACAACUUGACUUGUGAUGUCCACUCUUACUGACUGACAUUUCGCUAAGAUUGGCUACUGUCCCAAGUACCAAAUUUGAUGAAAAGUAUGGUUUUUGCAUUAUCUUGAAGAAAAUAACACAACUUAAGUACUAAUUGGUUAAAAAAAUAGAUUAAAGUAGCAAAAGGCUGUUGGUGACUCAGUAAAUCUCAAGUUUAUUGAAAGAUGAGGUCUAAAGAGGUUGUGAGUAGCUUUACUAUUAAGAUGAAGAUGCCAGCACUCGAUUGUGAUAGUUUGUGAUGCUCUUCGGGAAAGUGUUGGAAUGAUGUUGUACAUGCUCAUUUGUUAUUGAAAAAAUGUUAUGAAAUAGCCUGUAUAGUGCAACUUAUUUUGAAAGCUUACAUCUGCACAGCAAAGGCUGUUGGGCCAUUUUGGUUAAAAUGUUCAGAUUCA